AUGAGUGCCACAGCUUCUGACAUUAUGGAACCUACAGCAAUCCCGAAUACCGGCGAAGUCAACAACAGUAACAGCGCGUUGACUGAAAACAUUCGCCAACCUCACCAACCAGCUCUACACCCGGUCGCCAUUGUCAACAGCCAUUACGAACCUCGACCUACUUCUCACCUCACGAUCAAUGUCAAUGCAAAGAUGAACAGAAAUGUUCAUCCAUUAGCUGCGAAAUCAGUUCAACAACCACCUCAAGGCAAAAGCCAAAUGGUUCCUGCCAACAAUCCUUUACACUUUUUCGUCCCGAAAUAUAACGAUUUGAUUUGUAUCCACAUGUAUAAUCACGGCUUUAUUGGUGGCCUUUACUCUGAUGUAUCUCUUCAAGUUAACCAUCCUGCAUUCCAUCAAUUCUAUCGCUUCCACGCCAUUAACAUUGCUCGAUCUCCGACGAUACGCAAUUUACUGACCAACUCUACUUCAAAAGAGAUCACUCUCAAUUUGAAUGAUACGAAUAUUACCUCCGAAGGCCUUGGAAUCUGUUUCGCCCACAUGUACGCGUCCUCCCUCCACUGGAUUAACCCGAUCAAUGUCAAAAGCGUCUUUGCAGCGGCGUAUCAUCUUGGAUUGACCGAUAUUUGCGCUUUUACAAUCGGAAUUUUGAAAAACGACAUAUCUAUCAAUACAGUUAUCUAUUAUAUAAAGUUCUUUCAGCAUUACAAAGAAUACACGAAGCCGAUUGAAGAUCUCUGCUAUGUAUUUCUCAUUAGAAAACUUCCGAGGUUGUUGCAAUCUUUCAAAUCUAAUCCCAACAAUCACCUUCACGUCGGACAAAAUGUUUGUAUAUUAAAAUCUGGUAUCGGAUAUUGUCACAACAGCGGCUACCAUGAACUGCUCAAUAACUAUGCCAAAUUACCUUUCUCUUGGAUCAAACGCAUUCUGGAAUCGAAAAAUCUUGAUGUAACCACCAAUAUCAGAUACAAGCUCGCUAAAGAUCUCAUCUGGAAAAGAAAGGAACUCGAGAUCACUGCUAAUAACGAAUUCGUAUACAUGUCAUUCGGCACCUCACACUACCAAAAUAUCACUAUUGUCGAGAAACCCCGGGAUCCACAAAAAGAGUCUCGGAGGGUUUUAUUCAAGGUUGGUGGUCUCAACCGAAAAUAA